AAAUAACAAAACAAACAAAAAAAGGAAAGAAUAUUCCUAAAAUUGUCCACUAAACUUUGAAAAAUUUCGCCAAAAAGAAAAAAACAAAAAGAAAAAAAAUGCUGGAAAACAGAAAAGAAGAAGAAGCCCAAAGGCAGUAGUAGUAGCAGACCAUGACUGGAGGAGAACAGGGGUUUUCCUAGGGUUUCUUUCCCUCUUUUUCUAUCUCAAAAUUAAUUAAAUCAACAGCAAAAAUCUCUCAACCAAUCACCAUGAUCCUCAAAUCCAAUCCCCACCAAAAUUAGGAUUUCAUUUCUCGGUAUUAUUGCAUUUCGACGGGAGCUUGUCCAGUGGAUUUCUAAUGGAAGCAAGGGUUGGGGUGCCGGGCCACGGCGGUGCUAGGAAGUUUCUAUCGCAAAAGCAGCACCAGUCGCCGCCGCCUCUGCAUCAGCAGUCCCAGAUUGGCACCGUUCCUCAGCUUCUCGCCGGCGGUAUUGCUGGAGCUUUCAGCAAGACUUGCACCGCCCCUCUAGCUCGCCUUACCAUUUUGUUUCAGGUGCAAGGUAUGCAUUCAGAUGUUGCAAUUUUGAGCAAGCCCAGUAUAGGUCGGGAGGCGAUCCGAAUUGUUAAGGAAGAGGGUUUCAGAGCUUUUUGGAAGGGAAAUCUCGUUACUAUUGCUCAUCGUCUUCCAUAUUCUGCAGUCAACUUCUAUGCCUAUGAGCAAUACAAGGCUUUGUUGAGAUCAAUUCCGGGUCUGAAUAAACACGGUGCAAACGCAGACGUGGUUGUGCACUUUGUAGGUGGCGGGUUAGCAGGUAUUACAGCUGCUUCUGCCACGUACCCGUUGGACCUUGUUCGGACUCGACUUGCUGCACAGAGGAAUGCUAAUUACUAUCGCGGCAUCUAUCAUACACUCAGCACUAUUUGCAGAGAUGAAGGUUUUUUUGGUCUUUAUAAAGGCCUUGGAGCGACAUUAAUGGGUGUUGGGCCCAGUAUUGCCAUUAGCUUCUCUGUCUAUGAGUCAUUGAGAAAGUUUUGGCUUUGUAAAAGGCCUGAUGAUUCUACUGUUGCGGUAAGCCUUGCAUGUGGGAGUCUUUCAGGGAUUGCAUCAUCUACAGGUGAGUGAAUUUAGAUCUGUAUUACCUUUACAUCUCGGUGGUUUUACCUUCUGCUAUCUAGCUGCUCUGUAUCACCUAUGCAUCUUGGUGGUUUUAACUUCUGCCAUCUUGCUUUUAUCUUAAAUUUGGAACAGCAAAGUUUAUUACCUCUACAUCUGGGUGGGGUUUGUUCAUGUCAUUGUUUUGCUGUCUUGGUUUAUACAUGUUUAACAUUAUUGAUUGGAACAUUUGAAGAAUGGAUAUUUCUCGUGGUAAGGUGUUUUAAACUGCUUUGAAAACAACCAUAUGAAAAGUGGAUUGAAAAGAUAGCAACAUUUCAUGAACUUGUCAGUUGAAGCUAGUUGUAGAUUGAUGAUAGCGUUUGACACUCCCUGUCCUGCUUUGUAUUUUGGUCACUUUUAAAUGCGAUUGAUGGCGUUGUACAUACUUUUCGGCAGAAACCUAAUAAAUGGUCUUUCACUUUUGUCCUUAGCUACGUUUCCUUUGGAUCUUGUGAGGCGGAGAAUGCAGUUGGAAGGAGCUGGUGGCCGUGCUCGUGUCUACAAUUGUGGUUUGUUUGGGACUAUUAAGCACAUCAUCCGCAGCGAAGGUGGCAUCCAUGGCUUGUACAGGGGGAUAAUGCCCGAGUACUACAAAGUCGUCCCAAGUGUUGGAAUUGUUUUUAUGACGUACGAGACGCUGAAGAAGCUUUUAUCAAGUUGGUCAUAGCUUAUCUUCACACUGGCGUUUUCGUCCCUGCCUCUACUUUCGUAGCCGCUUAGUGCUUAUGGUCAAUCCUUUUGUUAGCAUUCUAGGAUACAGCGUCCCUCAAUUUUGCUUAGGAUCAGGAGGAGCUUACCUUAUAUUUUCAAUUGUUCUUUUUUUUUGGGGGGUUGGGUGGGGGGGUUAAAAAUUCUCAUGGUAACUUUUGUAGGUGCUGCCAUGAAUCAUUGUGUGUUAAUAUAUUAGGUUAUUAGCCGGCGAUUCUCAUAGAAAAUGUAUCCUUGAUAUGUGUAGGUCAUAAUCUCUUUAGGACACUUAGCUGACGAUUCUAGUAUAUCAUAAUAUGUUGUAUGUCGCAGCUUAUACAUGUAUUUCGGGUCAAUGUUAUGCCGUUUUUCUUGAGUUUUGAAAACUGCCUGCUCCAAGUUGCAGCAUUCAUGUAAUAGAACCUGAUUCUCUUUGAAGAAAGAGGCGAAAUUUGAUGUUGUGGAGAGUGGAGACUGUAGUUGCGACAUGACAAAUGUUUGCAUGUUUGAAGUACAUCUGUGGAGAGUUUAAAGUGGUUUAUUUCGGGAAAUGUUUGUUGAGACUUGAGCAUAAAAUCUUUGAUCAAAUGAAAAGAAAUGAUUGUGAAAGGCAAAAGGUACAAGUACAGGAAGGUGGCCUUUCUGUUGUAUAGUGCUUAUAUGUUGUAGGCUCGUUUGAUAUAGCAUCUAACGCAUCAUUGGAUGAACUUUGUGGAAUAAGAACAAGUUACAAUCAAAAUUUAAUAAGGUGUUAUUUGACGUGUUAACACAAAAAUAGUUUUCUCUCUGUCUUAGAAAAGUAGUGCAAUGAGGUUUGUUCGGAGGAGUGUAAUUGGAAGUUGGAACUUGUAUGUAUGUAGUCAAGGUCAUCACUCAUCAGUCAUCAAUGAGGAAAGCUGAUUUGUUUUGUUCGGAAGCUCCGGAAGUAGUAACAUUGAUCCUCUGAACGUAGUUUACGUUGGACAGAGCCCAGGUAAUGCAUGGCGGCAAGACAGCCCACCAUCCGCAAAACUCAGUUUGAUGCCAGCUAGUUAAUUGUUCAGAAUUUUGUCGGCCCAUUUGGCCAAAGAUUUUGAUGCAUGCAAUAUGUUUAGCUUUUGUUACUGCUUUAAUGUUUAUCGCUUUGUAUUUUCC